GGAGGACCACCGGUUGAACAGAGCCGUUAUUCAAACCGUUAGAGCACGAGGAGGUUCGUUGUUUUAAAAGUGGUCGAGGAGGGAAAGGUGAGGUGCUUUCAGUGUAAACAAGUUACGGUUCAACUAGCAAGUGUUUGGGGGCCGUUUCACCGCCAUGGUGGUCUUCAACGGGCAGCUGAAGAUCAAGAUCUGCGAGGCUCUCAGCCUCAAACCGACUGCCUGGUCCCUGCGUCACGCCGUCGGCCCCAAGACCCAGACGUUCCUCCUGGACACGUACAUCGCCCUGAACGUGGACGACUCCCGCGUGGGCCAGACCUGCACCAAGCAGAAGACCAACAGCCCCGCGUGGAACGACGAGUUCACCACGGAGGUCCACGACGGCCGCCGGAUCGAGCUGUCCGUCUUCCACGACGCGCCCAUCGGCUACGACGACUUCGUGGCCAACUGCAUCAUCCAGUUCGAGGACAUCCUGCACAACAACAGCAAGCACUUCGAGGACUGGAUUGACCUGGAGCCGGAGGGGAAGGUGUACGUUGUUAUCGACCUGUUAGGAUCUUCCACGGACUCCUCCGAGAAUGAGGAGCGUGUGUUUCGGCAGCGGAUGCGUCCCAGGAAGCGUCAGGGCGCCGUCCGCCGCAGGGUCCACCAGGUCAACGGACAUAAGUUCAUGGCCACCUACCUGAGACAGCCCACGUACUGCUCCCACUGCAGGGACUUCAUCUGGGGCGUCUUAGGAAAACAGGGCUACCAGUGUCAAGUGUGUACCUGUGUGGUCCAUAAGCGCUGCCAUGAGCUGAUCAUUACCAAGUGUGCAGGGAUGAAGAAGCAGGAGGACACAACAGUCGGCUCGCAGAGGUUCAGUGUCAACGUGCCGCACAAGUUCAGCAUCCACAACUUUAAAGUUCUCACCUUCUGCGACCACUGCGGGUCUCUGCUGUGGGGUCUGCUGCGACAGGGGCUGCAGUGUAAAGUGUGUAAAGUGAAUGUACACAGGCGCUGUGAGAGUAAUGUAGCUCCUAACUGUGGCGUGGACGCCAGGGGAAUCGCUAAAGUCCUCUCCGACCUCGGAGUCACACCGGACAAGAUCUCCAACAGCGCCCAGAGACGGAAAAAGGCACAAGGGGGCCGCGCGAAUGGAGAGGUCAAAGUUCACAGUGCUCCAGAGGUCAAGAGGAUGAAUCUGCACGACUUUGUGUUCAUCAAAGUCCUGGGAAAAGGAAGCUUCGGAAAGGUGAUGUUGGCGGAGCUCAAAGGCAGCGACGAGGUCUACGCCGUCAAAGUGCUGAAGAAGGACGUGAUCCUGCAGGACGACGACGUGGACUGCACCCUGACCGAGAAACGGAUCCUGGCUCUGGCCAGAAAACACCCCUACCUGACACAGCUCUUCUGCUGCUUCCAGACUAAAGACCGCUUGUUCUUCGUGAUGGAGUACGUCAACGGAGGCGACCUGAUGUUUCAGAUCCAGCGAUCGAGGAAGUUUGACGAGGCGCGGUCCCGAUUUUACGCCGCCGAGGUCACGUCCGCCCUGAUGUUCCUGCACCGGCACGGAGUCAUCUACAGGGACUUAAAGUUGGACAACAUAUUAUUGGAUGCGGAGGGUCACUGUAAGCUGGCCGACUUCGGGAUGUGCAAGGAGGGGAUCCUCAACGGAGUCACCACCACCACCUUCUGUGGGACGCCAGAUUACAUCGCGCCUGAGAUCCUUCAAGAGCUGGAUUAUGGCCCGUCAGUAGACUGGUGGGCUCUGGGGGUGCUGAUGUAUGAGAUGAUGGCAGGCCAGCCGCCUUUUGAAGCCGACAACGAGGACGACCUGUUCGAGUCGAUCCUCCAUGACGAUGUCCUCUACCCCGUCUGGCUCAGCAAGGAGGCUGUGUCCAUCCUCAAAGCGUUCAUGACUAAGAGUCCUAACAAGCGUCUGGGCUGUGUGGUGGCUCAGGGUUUGGAGGAGGCCAUUAAGCUCCAUCCAUUCUUCAGAGAGAUCGACUGGACGCUGAUGGAGCAGAGGAAGAUCAGACCACCGUUCAAACCACGCAUUAAAACCAAAAGGGACGUGAACAACUUCGACCAGGACUUCACCCGCGAGGAGCCCGUCCUGACGCCGGUGGAGGACGGCAUCAUCAAGCAGAUCAACCAAGAUGAGUUCAAAGGAUUCUCCUACUUUGGAGACGAGACUGUGGCCUAAACACACACACACACACACACACACAGAC